UUACUUCCGCCCUAUUAAAUAGCGCACCCUUUUUGGCGAGACUGUUCGUAAUCCGUUUAUUUCUGUACAAACUGCGCUAAAUCAGCUUUCACAAACGUCAAAAAUGCUCGCCACAGUCGGCAAACAGCUUAGAAACCACCCAGCUCUCAUCCCCCUCUUCAUCUUCAUUGGUGGAGGGGUAACCAUGUCCAUGACUUACCUCGCCCGUCUGGCUUUGAAAAACCCUGAUGUCUGCUGGGAUCGCAAGAACAAUCCAGAGCCCUGGAACAAACUGGGCCCAAAUGAUCAGUACAAGUUUUUCACAGUCAACAUGGACUACAGCAAGCUGAAGAAGGAGCGUCCUGAUUUCUAAAAAUCACAUCUGCUGGACCAAAAGCACAAAGAUGAGCUGAUCCGCACAGCCCCAUUUUUGAACUUUCUCCGAGAACCUGAGAGAUGCAGAGGCUAAAACCGCACAAUGAUUCAUUUCUAAGUUCCUCAUUGCAUCCCAUGGGCUUUUUGAAAUCUUGUCUCUUAUUUCUCAUUUUCAAUGGCUCUCAAUAAAGUGAAGGAGUCUUUUCUCCUCAUUACAGAGAAAAGAACCAGUUUCAUUUA